AUGUCCACUCAUAGUAGCUCUGAGUUACUUCCUGCUCACCAACGACGAUCAAACUCUAUUUUGAGUGCUAGUUCUCGAAAGGCUUGGGAAGACGAUGAUAAUGGACAUCGAUUAUCAUCAUCAUCGUCUGGUCGAUUAGAUACAGCACAAGGACAUACUGAAUUGAAAACUAAGGUUGACAAUUUUGACGAUAAUGAUCAAAUAACAUCGAUAGAAGCUCGAGAAGGUGGAAAGCGAGUAGCAGGCACUACACCUGAUUCUGGUUUGUGGCCAUCUAUUAAACGAUUUUUGUCAGCUCAAUAUAUUAAGAUCAGUAUUGAGGAUGAUCGUGCUCAAAAUCUCUACUGCUAUUUCAGCUUUCUGCUAGCAAGAGAUGAAAGAAAAACUUUUUGA